AUGGCAACAAAGUUCCCUGUCAUACCUGGCGUGCAGCUACUGGAUUUUUCCAAGGUGGACAAGCAAAAUGACAACAUUAAUGAAUUCUUCACUAAAGCACAACUUUCCAAUAUGUCUGAAUAUGAGAAACUGCGAUUUAGGAACAUGAGAAAAAAUUACGAAAUGAUGGCAUCUCUAGGUUUACCAGCCAUCAAACCAGAUUUUAUGAAAAAAGGUCGCACAAAAAGGCGAAGGAAGGACAACAGGUCUGAUGACAGUGAUGAAGAGUGGACUCCUGCUUCUGAAAGGAGGAAAAGUCAAAGAGAUCGACUACCUGUCACACCAUUCAGUUUUCCCCUCAAACAAGAAGCAGUUGUACCUAAGAAAACUUCAAAAUUGAAGAAGGUGGAAAAGUUGACUAACACUGAUCUAGAAAAACUUGAAAUCAAAAAGAAAACAACACCCCAGACACCUGCCCAUACAUACCCAUUGAGACCAGCUUCAGCAGCUGUUAGCUAUAUGAAGAUUGAGGUCCCCGAUGAUGAUGAAUUUCUUUAUUGUGAAGAGUGCAACAAGGAAUAUGAAGGAGAUUGCCCUGUACAUGGACCACUAAUUAUCAUUGAGGACACCAAGAUGAUUGACAUAAAACCAAAGGAAAAAGAGCGAUGCCUUUAUACUUUGCCACCUGGCCUAUCUGUGUUGGAAUCAUCUAUACCAAAUGCUGGUCUUGGUGUCUGGUCUGAUCAUGAGAUUCUACCUCGAAGACGAUUUGGUCCUUACAAGGGGAAACUAACAAAGGAUUUAGACCAGGCUCAUUCUACUGGAUAUGCCUGGCAGAUUUUCGAAAAUGGAAAACCAAGCCAUUUCAUUGAUGCCUUUGAUAAAAAUCAUUCUAAUUGGAUGAGAUAUGUGAAUUGUGCAAGAAGCGAAGAUGAGCAGAACAUGACAGCAUACCAACACAAGGGUCAAAUAUAUUACCGGACACACAAAAUAAUUAAACCUAGAAAUGAGCUGUUAGUGUGGUACGGAGAUGACUACAGUGAUGAGCUUGGCAUCAGGAGAGGAGCUGAAAACCCAAGUGAAUGCAGACCAUUCACUGUUAAUGGAACAAAAAUGUUCAGGUGUCCAUUUUGUGGAAGAUGCUUCAGCUCUGAAAUUAACAUACUUGGACACAGCAAAUCAAAGCAUGGAGUCUCUCAGUUUACUAUUGACCUUGCAAGGAAAAUGCUGAAGGAGAGAAGAAUUUAUAGUGAAAAUGUAUUAAGAGGGCAUUUGAAGAGCAACUCUGUGCCAAAGAAAAAGAUUAAAACAGGAAGAAACCUUGAACCAUUUGAUAUUCAAAUGACAGGAAGUUUAGAUAAUAAUGAAAGGCUAGAUAGGAAAACUAUUGUUUCUACGAAUAGAAAGAAUAUCUCAAAAACUGGGGAAACAGGUCACCUACAGACACACCUCAGGAUACACACAGGAGAGAAACCAUACAAAUGUGAUGUCUGUGGUAAGGGGUUUAAUCAGGCAUGUAACCUACAGACACACCUCAGGACACACACAGGAGAGAACACCUCAGGAUACACACAGGAGAGAAACCCUCAGGAUACACACAGGAGAGAACACCUCAGGACACACACAGGAGAGAAACCAUACAAAUGUGAUGUCUGUGGUAAGGGGUUUAGUGAGUCCGGUACCCUACAGACACACCUCAGGACACACACAGGAGAGAAACCAUACAAAUGUGAUGUCUGUGGUAAGGGGUUUAGUGAGUCCGGUACCCUACAGAAACACCUCAGGAUACACACAGGAGAGAAACCAUACAAAUGUGAUGUCUGUGGUAAGGGGUUUAAUCAGACAGGUCCCCUACAGACACACCUCAGGACACACACAGGAGAGAAACCAUACAAAUGUGAUGUCUGUGGUAAGGGGUUUAAUCAGACAUGUGAUCUACAGAAACACCUCAGGAUACACACAGGAGAGAAACCAUACAAAUGUGAUGUCUGUGAAAAGCAUGUGGUAAGAGAUAAACUCUAUGUGAAUGGAGAACUUUACAAACAUAAUGAUAAAAGAAGACAGCAAAUGCGAAAAAGAACAUACGGUGAAGCGGCUAAAACGCCAGCCGCAAAUAUGUCAGCAAACAGUCGGAGAGGAGGGAAAAGAACGCGUACCCCUUCCACGCCCACAGGACUAGACCAGCCCAACACAACGCUUGCCCCAGCGUCAUCCAGACCCCGGUAUGAUAAACCGAGUUACUACCCGGUACAUACUUACCAAAAAACUUCAGCCAUGCAUCAUACACCUGAGGACGGUACAGGUCAUGGUGACGACCACAAUGUCACCCAGUUUACAAUAUUUGCUGAUAAUGGUCCUAUAUCCAAAUGGUUGAGCAUUCCUCCUAGUACUCCUGGCCAUGGUGGCGAGGCCACGCCAGUUGAGGAAAAGAGGAAUUAUGGGCUUUGCCCAAAAGUGUUGUGUGCCCCUCCUAGUACUCCUGGUUGUGGUGGCGAGGCCACGCCAGUUGAGGAAAGGAGGGAGGCCGGAUCUAGCCCAUGUUUGUCGUCUGCCCCUCAUAGUACUCGCCCAAGCUUGUUGUGGGCCCCUCCUAGUACUCCUGGUUGUGGUGGCGAGGCCACGCCAGUUGAGGAAAGGAGGGAGGCUGGUUCUAGCCCAAAUCACCUUGCUAGUGUAAGGGAAGUUAUGGUGAUAGAUGACGUCCUCAUCCCGGGCAAGGACCAGCCUACAGAGGCUCAGCAGUCUGCAUAG